AUGGCGGAGGAGUGGCUGGGUGUGGAGGCGGCCGUGAGCGCCAGCGAAGGCGAGGAUGAGGAGGACGAUGAGCGGCGUCAUCAGCGGCUCCUGGAGGCGGUCAGCUCCCUGUCCGGACGACGGCGGCGGAAGCUUGCGGAGCGCACAGAGGCGAGCGUGCAGGUGUCUGAGUUCAACGUCAGCUGCAAAGGUGCUGGGGAGAAGCUGGUUCUGUCCGAGCUCCUGAAGCCCAUCAAACCCAAAUCCGCCCUGGGCAGUGUGAAGAAAGAGCUGAGCAGAGUAAAGCAGAAGAAGGCAGUGGAGCUGCCCCUCAGUAAAGAGGAGGCGAAAAGGGUUGUGAGGGAAGCUGCCUAUGUGACAACCUCAAAAGAUGUGGGCAAGUGGCAGGAGGUGGUUCUGCAGAACCGGCGGGCAGAGCAGCUGGUGUUCCCCCUGAAGCAGGAGAUUGCUACAGUCGUGCCCCUGGAGCAGGCGGCUUCAACAUGGAAGGCUCGCACUCCCCUGGAGCAGGAGAUCUUUGGGUUGCUCCACAGGACAAAGCAGCCCAUCACAGACCCCCUCCUGACACCAGAAGAGACUGCCUCACUACAGGCAAUGAGCCUGGAGGAGGCUCGGCAGCGGCGCGCAGAGCUGCAGAAGGCUCGGGCUUUGCAGUCCUACUAUGAAGCCAAGGCUCGGCGAGAGAAGAGGAUCAAGAGCAAGAAGUACCAUCGCGUCCUGAAGAAAAGCAAGAGGCACAAAGCCUUGAAGGAGUUUGAGCAGCUGCAUAAAUCGGACCCCAAGGCUGCCCUGGCCAAGCUGGAGGAGCUGGAGCAACUUAGGAUGCAGGAGCGGAUGAGUCUUAAGCACCAAAACAAAGGAAAAUGGGCACGUUCCAGGGCCAUCAUGGCUAAGUAUGACAUGGAGGCCCGCAAAGCCAUGCAGGAACAGCUGGCCAAGAACAAGGAGCUGAUGCAGAAGGUACAGGUGGAGCUGCCUGAGGAGGAGCCAGCAGAUGUCCCUGAGGACCUCCCAUCCAUGCCUAUUCCCACUGGUGCCAGCGGAGCCAAUCCCUGGAUGCUGGGUAAGCCCAGCAACCCAGCCCAGGAGCCUGAGGUGCAGGAGGGGCCUGGAGACAUGGAGGUGUCUGGUGCUGUGGAGAGCAAGGAGGAGAUGGAGGAAGAGGAGGAGGAGGAGAUGUCAGAGGAGGAAGCUCUGCUGCAGGACUUCGCACAGAAGCGGCAGGCACGGCAGCAGCGGGCAGGGAGCCCUGAGGAGCAAGGUGCUGAUGAGACAGAGGCAGUUCUUGAACAGCCAGGGGCCAGCCCUGUCCACCCUGUCUGUGCUGAGGAGGAGCAGGUGAGCACUGCAGGAGGUGAGGAGCAGCCCCAGCAGGCCCAGGAGGAGGAGAUCCUGCUGUCAGAGCAGCUGGGACGGGUGCAGACCAUAGAGGAGGUGGAGGCUUUGGCCUCCAAGGAGCUUGUGGAAGAGCAGGAGGUGGCCCCAAGGGUGGAGAAGCCAGCAGCCACCAGAGCAAAGAAGAGAGUGCAACAACAGGAGGACAGUAGAGCUGGGGACAAACAAGCCAAGAAACCACCAGCCAAGAAGAAAAAGAAGAUGAUCAGCCUGCAGGCUGUGCUGGCAGGGAAGGCCCAGGACGUCCAGUGCCCCAUUAUGCCGGUGGUCGUGGAGGAAGAGGAAGGGGGCAUGGACCAAAGAAGGGUGAUCACAGAGGCCUUUGCCGGGGACGAUGUGGUCGCCGACUUCCGUCGGGAGAAGCGCAAGGCAGAGGAGGCCACGAAGCCACAGCCGCUCAGCCUGGUGCUGCCGGGCUGGGGUGAGUGGGGAGGCACCGGGCUGAGGCCCAGCGCCAGGAAAAUCAAGAGGUUCCUGCUGAAGCCACCGCCAGCACCCCCCAGGAAGGACCAGCACUUGCCCCAUGUUAUCCUGAGCGAGAAGCGCAACAUCCACGCGGCAGCACAUCAGGUGAGCGAGCUGCCCUUCCCCUUCGAGAGGCACCAGCAGUUUGAGCAGAGCAUCCGCACGCCCCUGGGCUCCACCUGGAACACCCAGCGAGCCUUCCAGAAGCUGACAGCUCCCCGGGUCAUCACCCGGGCAGGACACAUCAUCCAGCCCAUCUCUGCUGAGGAUGUCCCCAACACAGCCACCCCAGCGGGCACCGGGGCCAAGCCGGGGCUGGAAGCGGUGCCUAAGGAGCCAAAGCAGCCUUUUAACCGCCCGCACAAGUGAGCGCAGGAGCUCUGUGGCCCAGGGGAUGGGACUGGAGGAACUGGGAGAAGCUUCUGGUGCUGGCUGCUACCUUCCACUACUUCCCCCCCACAAUAA